AUGCGAGAGCCGGGCUGCUAUGGAUACCCCGGGGGUCAAGAUUACUGCGUUCGUCCCGCCGAACUGCACAGCCCCGGCCAUGCGCUCGCCGCCGUCUCCCAGGCUCGCUACGCCGGCGGCGGCGGCGGCGACGCGAGCGCGAGGCACUGCCCGGGGUCGCUGGCGCGCAAGACCGCGGCGAGCCUCCUGCUCACGUGCCUGGUGUGCGGCGAUGCCAGCAGCGGCAAGCACUACGGCAUCUACGCGUGCAACGGCUGCAGCGGCUUCUUCAAGCGGAGCGUCAGGCGCAAGCUCAUUUACAGGUGCCAGGCGAGCACCGGCCUGUGCACGGUGGACAAAGCUCACCGGAACCAGUGCCAGGCCUGUCGCCUGCGCAAGUGCCUCCACGCGGGCAUGAACAAGGAUGCUGUUCAGAACGAACGGCAGCCGCGUAGCACUGCCCAAGUCCGGCCCGGCGACCCCGAAUUGGGCGCCAGGCUCAUGCUUGGCAGACACAUGGGCACCGGCUGCUGUGACGCCAACGGCGCUGGCAUCAGCAGCGGGAGGAGCGGCAGCUUUGGUGACGAGGCUGUCGAUGUGACAGGCGAGGACGAGACGGAGGAGGAGAGCGAGACCUCCACGCGGCACUAUCGGGCUCUCGGGCCCGACGGUUCGAGCCCGGGCCUCCCACAGGCACCGGCCUCGACGCUCCAGGCCCCGGGAGAGUCACGUUCCCCGAUCCGGGCUCGCGCCUCUCCCAAGUGCCUGCCCGUGGCCUCGGCGGAGGUCUCCGACACUCCCAUGAGCCUCCUCUUCAUGGCCAUCAAGUGGGCGAAAAACCUGCCCGCUUUCUCGGCCCUGCCAUUCCGGGACCAGGUGAUCCUGCUGGAGGAGGCUUGGAGCGAACUCUUCCUGCUCUGCUCCGCUCAGUGGGCGCUGCACAGCGAUGCCUCCCGCGCCGCCUUCCAGGGCGCCGCCUCGCCCUGCCCGUGUCCCCUCGGAGCCGGCGGCGGCCCCGAGGGGUCGUGCCCCUUGCAGGCCGCGCACGGUGGGGCCGUCGACCUCCGCUUCCUGCGCGACAUGACGGAACGCUUCCGAGACCUCACCGUGGACUCCACGGAGUUCGCGUGCCUCAAGGCGGUCGUCUUGUUCAAGCCAGAAGCCAGCGGCUUGAAGGACGGAGACCAAGUGGAGAGUUUACAGGACCAGUCCCAGGUGAUGCUGAGCCAGCAUUGCCGUGCUCUGUACCCCAGCCAGCCAGCAAGGUUCGGCAAGCUGCUGCUGCUUAUUCCCGCCCUCCGUUUGAUCCACGCCGACCGCCUGGAGAAGAUUUUUUUCCAGCGAGCGCUGCACAGCGCCCCCAUGGAGCGUCUCAUCUGCGAUAUGUUUCGCGACUGA